AUGUCGAAGAAGAAAGCGGCUGGUAGCACUAUGACGCUUAAGGACUUCCAUGGCGGCUCUAUACCAUCUGAUCUCCCUCUCCCUUCCGCUCCAGGAGUGAUUCCGAAGAUUACUACGGAUCGACCUGUGUUUGAUAGAGCGCCUUGGGGAACUUCAAUCGGUCGACCAGAUCAGAGGACAAGGCCGAGUUCGUCUCAUACUAUAAGAAAUUUCGAUGAUAAAUCACUGUUUCUGCCUCACACCGCGAAUAUUGGUCGUAAUUUCAACGAGGAUGAACGGAAGCCUCUGGACGGUCACUCGGCUCCUCGUAGAAUGGUCAGUGAUGAUGUUUUCCGGGUUGCAAAUAGCCGUCUGGAAGUGAAAGCAGACUCGGUCUUGACUGGUGGGAGACAUAGUGGUUGGUCAGGUGCGGCUGGUCCUUUCCCUGGGAAGAUUAAUGAUGUGACUCAUUCUUUGACUGGAACUAAUAAUGGUGAGAACUCAGUGUCGGGAACUCACGCUAAUAUUUGGAGUGCGAGGAAGGAGGUCUCAGUGACUAACAAUGAGUCGGGACAGUCUCCAUGGACUACACAACCAGCUGUUUCGAAUUUGGUCCAUCCAGGUGCGCUUGAGCAGGUGUCUUCAGUAAGAUGGCAGUCCAAGCUUUUGGGUCCUUCUCAGAUGGGUCUUGAUGUUGUUAAGCAUUCAGAGAUAGAGAGCAGAGGUUAUAAGACGAAUAGCCCUGUGCUUAAUCAAGGGGAUGAGCCACAUGGAAUGCGUGUAGAACGAGGUCUUGUCGCUGAAGAUGGGAUCCAGGGUGGGAAAAAAUUCUCCCGUGAGUAUGAAAAAAUCCCUGGUCCAACUUAUUUGGAUGUUAAGGAAGCGAAAGUUGUAGCAAACAGCACCAAUAAGCCUCAUCCAAAUUAUUCUGACGUUAGGCCUGCGGGACAUUUGGUGCAACCAACUGCUCCUUCUGAAGUCGUGGAACGACCUAAGCUAAACCUGCUGCCUCGGACAAAACCUCUUGAAAGCGUUGUUGAGAAACCUGUGAAUGAUGCAAAACUGGAAAAUGGUGCUUCAAAUCUUGUUCAGCGUGAAACUGGUUAUGCAACACAGAAAAGUAUGAACAAUUCAAAACCUGGUUUGUCUGCAGAUGAGAUUUCCAACCAGCCGGUUGAGCGCCCCAAGUUGUAUCUGAAGCCUGUGGCACAGUUGCUCGAGCAGCCUGAAGUUACGACUGAAAAGGAAAGAAAUGCGGUUUUUGGUGGUGCCAGACCACGAGAGCUGGUGUUGAAAGAGCGAGGCAUUGAUGAGACUGAGCAUCACAAAUUGGAGCAACCCUUAGACAGGAUGGUCCUCAAACCCAUUGAAAGAGUUCCAGAGCAUGCAGUUCAAAGGCCAUUGAGCUCUCCUCGUGACCUGAGAACGAGGAAAUUCGACCCAAAGGACGGGAGAAGCGUAAGCGAUAUUGGCAGAUCCGAAAACCAGAGGAGAAACUGGCGUGAAAAUGAUAUCAAGAGCUCAAGACAACAACAGCAGACUCAGGAGAAGACGAGACAUCCAUCACCAGAGACAUGGCGAAAACCGGUUUUGCAGAAACCCGAAUCACCAGAUGGAAUGGGGAUUCGCCACGGGAAAGCAGCUUCCGCCCUUGAGCUAGCUCAAGCCUAUUCACCUUUCUCUAACCCUAAAUCUGGAAGCAACAGUCUUAACACAAGCCGCAACAACCAAACACAGCAACAACCAUUCUCUCGGUUGGUAGGAUCGACAACAUCAAGACAGAUCAACGGCUACUGA